AUGCCUGUCCCCUUUCUGGGGCGUCUUAACAUCACCGAGUACGUCGCCCUCGUCGGAUCGUUCCUCCUCGUUGGCCUCGAAGCCUUCGUCCGCAUCUUCACCCUCGCCCUACCAUCAUCGCUCCUCGAGCUGUGCUACGGCGUAUCCCGGCGCUUGUUCAAUAGGCUAGCCAGUCCGGCGCAGAAGAGGGCCGAGCGGAGGAGGAAAUCCAUCUCGACCUCGAUCCGAAACGCCUCCGACUUCGUCGACCUCUGCGCCGCGUUCGGGUACACCGCCGAGGAACACGUCGUGCAGACGAAAGAUGGGUACCUGCUCGGGUUGCAUCGGCUAGCGUGGAGAAAGGGGGAGGAGGAUGUCCGAGUCAACCGCGGCCCGAAUAGCAUUAAGAAGCGGGUGGUCUACCUGCACCACGGCCUGCUGAUGAACAGCGAGGUGUGGGUGUGCCUGACCGAUGAGCAGCGGGCCCUGCCGUUUACCCUAGUUGAGAAGGGGUUCGAUGUCUGGUUUGGGAAUAACCGCGGCAACAAGUACUCCAAGAAGUCGAUCCACUCGUCGCCCACUUCGCUCAAGUUCUGGAACUUCUCCAUUGACGAGUUCGCGUUCCACGACAUCCCAGACAGCAUCGGCUACAUUCUCGAGACCACCGGUCAGCAGUCGCUGUCCUACAUCGGUUUCUCUCAGGGCACCGCACAGGCCUUCGCCAGCCUGGCGGUCCACCCGAAGCUCAACGACCAAGUUAACGUCUUUAUCGCCCUCGCACCCGCCAUGUCGCCGGCGGGUCUCUCCAACGGCAUCGUCGACGCCCUCGUCAAAGCCUCUCCGCAGGUCCUCUACCUCCUCUUCGGCCGCCGCUCUAUCCUCAGCUCGGCAACUAUGUGGGAGUCCAUCCUGUACCCGCCGCUAUUCACCAAGGUCAUCGACCUGGGCCUGUCGUUCCUCUUCGCGUGGCGCACCCAAAAUAUCAGCACGUCGCAGAAGCUCGCGGCGUACCCGCACCUGUACUCGUUCACCAGCACCAAGUCGGUGGUGCACUGGUUCCAGAUCAUCCGCACCAAGUCGUUCCAGAUGUACGACGACGACGUGCACCCGCCGCUGGGGCUCGCGCCGAGCGCGAGCCGGUACACCAAGGUGGCCAAGUACCCGACGCGCAACAUCAAGACGCCCAUCGUGCUGGUCUACGGCGGCAGCGACUCGCUCGUCGACAUACGCGCCAUGCUGCGCGAGCUGCCCGCCCAGACCCUCGCCAACGAGAUCCCCCACUACGAGCACCUCGACUUCCUCUGGGCCCGCGACGUCCACGACCUCGUCUUCCCCCACGUCUUCGACGCCCUCGAGAGCUUCACCGGCCCGGAGCACUCCCGCGAGGAGUACGCCCGCUACCGCAUCAAGCGCGAGAGCUCCAGCCUGCUCGGCGUGCCUCUCGCCGCCGCCGCCGCGAAGAAGACGGCAGCGCAGCACCUGGCCCGCGCCAGCGACGUGGUCGACAGCGACGUCAGCACGGCAGUCGGCGGGGGCAGCAACCAUGGCGACGAGGAGGAGGAGGAUGAGAGCAGCGAG